AUGACAUCUGUUGUGUCCCGUCUGCUUCAUGCACUCGGAAAGUCUCACGAUCAUGAGGAGCCUGAAAUUCCACCUAAUCCAGACAGUCUUUUGGUGUAUGUCUGUAAAUUGGCAACGUCGCGUAGUGAUUCUACCUCGUCAACACAAUCAGCCACAGCCGGAUUCAUUUUAAAUGAAGAACCAAUCACCUUGUUCCGACUCGAACUCGAACGACUACAGUACAUUCUUCAUUUUCCUGAAGAAGUUGCUUUCCAGCUUUCUUCUACCGAAUAUCAACUUUUCUACUCGAUCCAGCCUAUGGACUAUGUCCGUUACGUUAGCUGCGACCUCACUUCUGUUCCAGUAUCAGAAAAUCCAAGUCCAGUGCGAAAUCUUGUGAAGAGACUUUCUGAGGUAUCAUCAUGGAUAACUCAUGUGAUUGUCAGCCAACCAACUCAUGAUGACCGAAAAGUCGCUUUGACAGCUAUUUUGAGAAUUGUUGAAACAUGUUGGAACAUUGGAAAUUUUAAUGCUGCUGUGGAAGUUCUGAUGGGACUAAAGAGUGAGAAGUUGAGACCAUUCUGGCUAUCUUUGAGACAAGAGGAAAAGUCACAAUUCGACUCGCUAUGCGAAACACUGCUACCUGCCAAUCAAGCUCUCCCAUCCCAAGCGUACAUCAAUGCAGUCCAAAGAGCUCUUCGAAUGCCUCAAUCUCGUGUCAUUCCAUUUUUCGGAAUCUUUUUACGUGAUCUCUAUGCCAUUGUCAAUGACUUGCCAAAUAUUGUUGUGAUUGGACAGGAAGGAGAAACACAGAAACUUGAAUUCAUGAGUGAUCCAAAUGGAGAAGACCAUUUCUCAUCGAGAAUUGGAGUCGGUGGAUUGUUGAAUGCCGAUAAGAUCAAUUUGGUGGCUAUUGUUCUUGACAAUUUGGAGCUGUUCCAUCGUCACAGUCGAACCAUGAUCAAGUUAUUAGAAGACCAAGCAAUAGCAACUACUCAAAUUCCACAAAAUGAGCGUGAACAGAAAGAAAAAGAAGCUAAAACCUACGAACCAGUGCAAGUGGUCCGUGGAUCAUCUCAUGGAGUGGCUCUUAUCCCUCUUGAUACUCUGACCUUUGAUCUUGACGUAAUUCAACGUCUUCAACACGGAACAACCGUCAUCCACUAUGAACCAGAUUCAGGCCGAAGCAAUUUAUGUCUGCUUCGUCUAGAUCCCAGCUGUGGACAAAUCAAUUGGCAUAAGAUUUCAUACUCAGUAAACAAGGACCCCAAGGAAAAAGACGUGCUUGCCAAAGUUUCGGUUUCAAAUCUUCAACCACUUGAUUCCGGAAGAGGUUCAGCUUCUCCAAUGCCAUCUGGAAGAACUCCGGGAACUGGAGGAGUUGGUGUAGAAGAGGGAGAACUCAAGUUGAGUGUUGUGAAGGGAGUGGAACUUGUUGAUAGUUAUGAUAUUGACAUUGAGGCUAUUUACCGGCGUCAUUCCGUAGAAGAAAUGUCAGUUCCGGUCAGUUGUUGGAAAGUCAGUCAUGGUCAAUUGCUCUCUGAUAAUGAAUUUAUCUACUUCCUGGCUCCUCAACAAAUUGCUCAAUUCUGGACAAACGGGUUACAAUCUGUGGUUCGAAGUCUCCAAGGUCAACAGAAAUAUCCAGAUCGUCGUAUGUUGUGGAUCAAGAACGUGUAUCUUUCAUUAUACGAAAUCACUGGAGAAGCCAACUGUGGACCACGACCAUUCGAAGCACUUCAGGCAUUUGGUGGGCGGGUUGAGCGUUGGAAAGGCUUUGGGCUGAGUCAAACGAAUACAAGUGCUACACGACCCAAUGACUCGUCGUUAUCCAGUGAGCCCGGAGGUGCAAAGAGCAGGCUGAAAAAUCUGAAAAAUGCAAUGCAAAAGAAACUCCGUGGUGCAUCUCGUGAAGGUAGCAGAUCUCAAUCCCCUCAACCACAUUCCCCACUUGUCCGACCACCAUCCAUCAAAUCUCAAAUAUCAUCUCAAUCCGGUCCACCUGGUCCAAACUCACCAGGAUACUUAUUGAAACCACGUGGUGAACCAGCUAAUAGUGAUGCAGGAGAUCUGGAUAGUAUCUACACUCCAAGGUCAAGAACUCCAACUAGCAGUUCCUAUGGAGGCCGCUCUGUUGGAGGAAGAUCUUGUAAGUCAUGGAGAUCGCGAGGCGGAGAGACUCCAAAUUCCGGAUCCAUUAGCAGUUCCGGUCAAAUGUCGAUUCAAGUUUCUGGUUUGAGUGGUCCUUCCGGCAAAGAGUUUCAAGAGAAGCCAUUGACUCUUGUUGAGUUUGCUGAACUAUUCCGAUUGUUCAACACAAGAAUGAGAAAAGAUUUGAGAGACGUGUUCAAUGAUGUCUUAUCCACUGCCACAACCCCUCAACAUUGUCCAAAACGAGAACGUGAUCGUCACAGCCCGAGAAUGCAGUCAAGAUUGGCGAGUGUGUCGAAUUCGUACAAUGCCGACUUCCUGUCGAAUGACUUCCUGACAAAGAACACUGCGGUCACUUCACAUCAUAUCAGUGAGAAGCAAAACAAGAUAUACAAUGCUCUUGCACUUGCCAGUGUCAACAGCAUGGGUGGACUUAUGGAUACAUCACGAUCGUCGAUGCUCACUCCGCAAAUGCUGCGCGCGUUUGUCAACACUCAUCAGAUGGAGCAGAUUGACGAGCAAACGGCGAUAAAGUUGAUUCAGGAUCAUGAACCGGAUGCUACAUGCCGCCAGAAAAAUCAAAUGUCAUUUGAGGGAUUCACAAGAUUCCUUUGCGAUCCUGUCAAUUUUGCAUUUGUUCCGGAAACAAUUGAACAAGAUGAGGAGGAUCUACGAUAUCCGUUAUCUCACUACUACAUCAACUCAAGUCACAACACCUAUUUGACGGGACACCAGUUGAAGGGACCUAGCAGUUCGGAGAUGUACAGACAAGUUCUUCUCACCGGAUGCCGUUGUGUUGAGCUAGAUUGUUGGGAUGGAGAUGAUGGAUUACCACUUAUCUAUCACGGACAUACUUUGGUCAGCAAGAUCGGAUUCCGUCAAGUUGUGGAGAUAAUCAAGAAGUCCGCGUUCAUCACAUCGGAUCUUCCUGUGAUUCUCUCUAUUGAAAACCAUUGUUCCCUACAACAACAAGCAAAAAUGGCACAGAUGUUCAAAACAGUUCUUGGAGAUUUGUUGGUGUCUAAUUUCUUGUUUGAAGCAGAUUUUUCGGAUUCUCCACGUCUUCCAUGCCCACUGCAGAUGAAGAACAAAAUCUUGAUCAAGAAUAAGAAGAUGAUUGUGGAUCCACCAACACCGCUACCAAUGAUUGACCGUGGAGCUAUUCAACGUGGAGAGACUCAAUUGACACUCCAUAGAAAGCAGAGCAAAAACUCUUAUGAGAGCAGCACGGUGGAUGAAGUGGAAGAUGAUGAUCUCGAUGAGUUCUUGGAUGAUGAAGAAAACGAGGAAGAUGACCAGGAGGAGGUUCCAGUGCGAAGUGAGAAGGAAGACAGUCCAAAAACAUCAAAACGUGCGGAGAAAUCAGCGAGAAACAUCAAACAACAGGACUCAUUAUGCAGUGAUCAUUCGGUGGAGCAGGCAAAACCUUCGACUAGUAAAAGCACAUCGAAAGCUAAUGAGGGGAAGACGGAAGAUGAAGUACUUUACGCGCAACUUGCUCAAAAUGCGAUCCGAAACCAACAACCAAGAAAGAACAACACUGGAGUCCAGAUAGCACCGGAGUUGUCAGAUAUUGUCAUUUACAUGCAAGCAACCAAGUUUAAAGGUUUUCCGCCAGUUGACGGAAUUCAAUCUCCACGGAUAACCGAAGAACAACCAGCAUCCGCUAGUUUGUCGUUUUCGUCUAGAGCAAGAACGCCAUCAAAUCUUCUGAACACUCCAGCUCCUCCUCGACGACAGAGAAGUAGCACACAGUUGAGUCAAGAGUUAGCAGUUGAAUUUUUGCCAAGUGGCAGACCUAAUGCAACUGCAACAUGCUAUCAAGUCACAUCAUUGAAUGAGAAUGCUGCUAAGAAACUGAUGAAACGACAUCCAGCCAAAUGUAUUUCUUAUACCCGGGAUCAUCUCAUCCGCACGUAUCCAAGUGCCAAGCACUACGACUCUUCCAAUUUCAAUCCAAUCAAUUGUUGGGCUCAUGGAAUGCAAAUGGUUGCUCUCAACUUCCAAACACCAGAUGUCAUCAUGGCUGUAAACCAAGCGAUGUUCGAACAAUCAGGAAAUUGUGGAUACCAACUAAAACCUCGUUGUCUUUGGGAUGAAUCUCAUCUUCUAUAUAACAAAUUUUUACCGCUAUCCAAAGAUAUCGCUGGACAUUCUGCACUGCUUCUCAACUUGACAAUCAUAUCCGGACAACACGUAUAUCCCAAUACUCAUUAUGCUAGUUUAUAUGUUGAGAUUGAAGUAAUUGGAAUACAUAACGACUGUGUUCGUGAGAAGUCGAAAGUGGUUCAGAGAAAUUCUGUGAAUCCAAUUUGGAACCACACUACUCAACUGAGAAUCGCUUGUGUUGACUUGGCAUUCCUCCGAAUUGCAGUCUGUGACAGUGGUCAAAACGGACGAGUAGUUGCUCACCGAGUUGUACCUGUCAAAUGCAUUCGACCCGGCUUCCGACACCUCCCACUCAGAACCCCAACAAAUCUUCCAAUUGACAAUGCAAUGGUCUUUUUGAGGACAAGAUUCGAGCAAGAAGAACAUAUUUAUCUUCAUGACGAUGACUCCAAUGCUUAUUUCAACUUGGAGCACACUCUUGCUUAUCGGACUGAUUUGACUCCCCACCUUUCACCCACGCCAAUUUUGAAAAAACAAAUAUUCGUUCUUCGCAUCACCGGCGCAUUCGCUGAUGAGACAGCAAUCACUGUGCACAGCGAAUCGGGCAGUACGGUAAAAACGGUGAUGCAGCAAGCACUUCUAAAUGCUGGAAAGAAUGCGGAUCAAGUGGAAGAAUAUCUGCUGUUUGAGGAGUCUCUGCCAGCACCUUCUGGAGAAGAUCCAAUUGAACCACGGGUACUACCGCUAAAUGUGCCAAUUAUGGACGCCGUCGCUUGUUGGAACGGCUCAAUGCGUCGAUUCGUAUUGCGCAAGAAAGGCAGUGACCCGUCGUCAAGAGCUUGGAUAGCUUCAAUUAUCAAAUCCGGAACCAGUGGUAGCUCUACGUCAGUUUCACCCAGUCCAUUGACCAAAGACGGACAUGUAAAAAGUGCCUCCAGUAACCAACUUCAUGGACGAUCAUUGGACACUGACGCUUUCGGAGAGCACCUCGAAGUGACAGAAGGGUUGAAUCCUCGAGCGAGAUCAAUGGGCGACACAUUCCUGGUCUGUGUUCACAAUGUGAGUGAAGAUCAACCAUAUGCAAUUCUUCGGGCAGGAAUCAAUAGCACUGCUGCAGAUAUCAUUCGACAGGUUUUUGUCAAGGCUCGCCGUCCUAAUGUCGAUGAUGCCGAAUAUGUGCUGAUUGAAGAAACCGGUGACGAGAAUAAGAAAGAUCAAGUUACUCCAAAAUAUCCGACAAGCCGUGUUCUCGGUCCUAAUGAAAACGUGUGGAAAGCGCAAUCAAGAUGGAAGACGACAGGCAGAUUUGUGCUGGAAAAUCGCAAGGACACAGUGCACGCUACACUCGAAAAAGAGUUUCUGGAUAUGGCUAAACUACUUCGUGAAGGUAUACCUAAGAAAGAAGAGCCUUAUUACAUGAUCUAUUAUGCUGGAUUACCUGGAGAAGAUAUAUAG